AGUGUGUGCAUCAGUGACUUUGCCCUCAAAGCCUGGACGACGCGUUGCAUGUAGUGCAUUUUCGGUUUUCAAUUGUAAAACAAGAACAUUCAAUAUAAUCGCAAUGAUAAAGAAAUUAAAAACAAAACUUCGCCUAAAUGAAGAAUGAAGAAACAAAAUGUACGCACGAUAUCUUUGAUCGUGUGCACAUUUACAUAUUUACUAGUUGGCGCUGCAGUAUUUGACUCACUUGAAUCGGAAACGGAAAAGCGGCGCUGGGAAGCACUGCAAGCUGUCGAAGAUAUGAUAAUACGAAAAUACAAUAUUACACAAGAGGAUUUCAAAGUGAUGGAGACAGUUGUGCUUAAAUCGGAACCACAUAAGGCUGGUCAACAAUGGAAGUUUACUGGUGCGUUCUACUAUGCAACAACAGUGUUGACUACAAUUGGUUAUGGCCUCACGCCAAGCACAAUCGGUGGCAAACUUUUCACAAUGUGCUAUGCGAUUGUGGGGAUACCGUUGGGCCUUGUUAUGUUCCAGAGUAUUGGAGAAAGAGUGAAUAGACUGAGCAGCUAUGUUAUACAAGCAGUGAGGAAGUCACUACGUUGUAAACGAACUGCAGCUUCCGAAGUAGAUUUAAUAUGCGUCGUAACAACGCUGAGCUCUCUAACGAUAGCUGGCGGCGCAGCGGCCUUUUCCCGCUACGAAGGUUGGAGCUAUUUCGAUUCAGUAUAUUACUGCUUUAUUACUUUAACUACAAUAGGUUUUGGAGACAUGGUUGCUUUACAAAAGGACAAUGCUCUCAAUAACAAACCGCAAUAUGUAAUGUUCGCACUGAUAUUCAUACUCUUCGGUUUGGCAAUUGUUGCAGCCUCGCUGAAUUUGCUGGUGUUGCGGUUCGUCACAAUGAAUACGGAGGAUGAGCGCAGGGACGAAGCUCAGGCCAUGCAGGCCCUACAGGUUGCAGUAAAAUUAGAGGGGGACGUCAUAACAGCCAAUGGAUCCAUUUUAAGCGGAUACGAGGGCCACGAGGUACAGUCAAAUAGUAGUGGAUCAACUACAUCCAUGUGUUCUUGCAGCUGUGCACGUUUUAGUGCAAAUCGUCAUAAAACGCAUCAGUAUAAAGCUCGUCGUUCGCCCUCGCAUAUACGCCAUUUAUUACCGGAAAUUGUUCCAAUGCAGGACCUAAGUUACGACACCCAUAGCCUGAAUACGGACGGGCUCGAUAUCGUGGAUACAUCCUCAGGCUCGCCUUCAAAACCGCACAGACAAUUACUCAAGCGCAAUGUGUCACUACUCUCUUUUCGUAUUUAAAAUACAAUUACUACUGAUUAGAAUUACGUAAUUAAGUAUUAUGUAUGAUUAGUUACAUAUAUGUAGGUAUGUAGGUAAGCUUAAUUAAAUACAAUAAUUUUUAAUUCGCUGGUAAUCAUAGCUUUUAAAAUAGUAUGUAUUUAUUAUUGUAUAAUACGUUCAUGUGCAGGUGAUCGGAAUCCUACAUGCAUGCAUACGUACAUGUAUAACAUACAUAUGAAUAUUAGGGUUGCCCCUAAAUCUCAAUCUAUAGUUACCGGGGGCGUAUGAUGAACGCGAGAAUCAGUAACCUUUGAGUUGAACUAUUAAAUAACUGUAAAGUCUUAAUUAUUAUUCUGGCAUAGGUAGUGUCUGCUUCAAAGCAUACUUUAUCGGUUAUGGGUACCUGCAAUUUAAAAAUCCAGCUUUACUUUUUCGACUUUGGCCAACUUUUUUAGUAGAUCUCCGAUUAUUGCGCUAUUGCAUUGCACUAAGGUAUAGGCAUGUAAGUCAGCUUUUUUCGUACUUACAAAAAAAAAAACUUGGUUUUCGAUAAAGAAAACGU